AAACCCCGUGAGGUGUGAGGGACACGGUCAUUUCGCCAUUAGCUGUCGUGAGGAGGAGGAAGAGGAGAAGAAGAACGAGAAGGCGACGACGACGAGGAGGCGUUUACCGGUGACCGCAGGACUCGGGAUUGGGAUUGCCGUUCGCUUCGUUUAUCUCCUGUCUUUGAAGGCGGCUGUGGAGACCGAGCUGCCCGGAGCGGGACUGGUGGAGCCGCAGUAGGCCGCAACCCCCCCUUCUAUUGUGUUCGAGGCCCGAGAGGGAUUCACUUGUUCGCCCCCGGAAGGGACUUGUACGGACUUGUGAGGACUGAGGCUCCGUUACGGACUCUGACGGGAAUCCUUACGAACUGCUCUGCCCGGGGGGUCACACAGGACUGGACUGGCCGCUCGGGCCCCCCUCUUCCUCUCUCCCCCCCUUUGUUGGGGUUGCUCCUCUCUUCCUAGGGGACUGUGUGGAGGACUGUAACCGAGUGAGGGGGCCUCGGGCCGGGUGCUGGGGAGUGAGCGCCCCCCAUGGCUCCUGGUGCAGUGUCCCCGGCCUCCCCCAUGUGCUGAGGCCUCUGUGUGUGUGCUGUGUGUGUGCCGCCUGUGUGUGUUCUCUGCAUUGCAUAACCCUAUAUAUGAUAAUAACAUGUCGUGUGUGCACUAUAAGUUCUCCUCCAAACUCAACUAUGACACCGUGACCUUUGAUGGGCUGCACAUCUCCCUGGCCGACCUCAAGAAGCAGAUCAUGGGCCGGGAGAGGCUGAAGGCGGCCGACUGCGACCUGCAGAUCACCAACGCACAGACCCAGGAAGAGUACACGGACGAGGCGGCGCUUAUUCCCAAGAAUUCAUCUGUCAUAGUUCGGAGAAUCCCUAUUGGAGGAGUGAAAACUACAACCAAGACAUAUGUCAUAAGUCGCGCUGAGCCAGUGAGUGGACCGUCGAAAUCAAUUGAUGACGCUUCUGCAUCUAUAUCUAUGGCCAAGCUUGCUAAGACCGCCAAUCUGGCUGAAGCCAAUGCUUCUGAAGAGGAUAAAAUCAGAGCAAUGAUGUCUCAGUCUGGCCAUGAAUAUGACCCUAGCAACUACAUGAAGAAGCCUCUGGGACCGCCGCCUCCAACGUACACUUGCUUUCGAUGUUUAAAACCCGGUCAUUACAUCAAGAACUGUCCGACAAAUGGGGACAAAAGUUUUGAGUCUGCUCCCAGGAUAAAGAAGAGCACUGGGAUUCCUCGCAGCUUUAUGGUGGAGGUGGAAGAUCCCAAUAUGAAGGGGGCUAUGCUUACAAACACUGGAAAAUAUGCCAUACCAACCAUUGAUGCUGUGGCAUAUGCUAUGGGCAAGAAAGAAAAGCCUCCAUUUCUACCUGAGACUCAGUCGUCCUCUUCCGAGGAGGAAGACCCCGUCCCUGACGAGCUGCUGUGCAUGAUUUGUAAAGAUAUGAUGAGUGAUGCAGUUGUUAUUCCUUGCUGUGGAAACAGCUACUGUGAUGAAUGUAUCCGCACUUCACUACUGGAAUCGGAGGAUCACAUGUGCCCUACAUGUCAUCAGUCGGACGUCUCUCCUGAUAACUUAAUUGCCAAUAAAUUCCUACGUCAGGCUGUGAAUAACUUUAAGAAUGAAACCGGUUAUACAAAGAGUAUUCGUAAGCAACAGUCUGCCUCCCAGCAGCGCCAGCAACAGCAAGCGGCACAACCACAGCGUAGCACCCCGCAGCCAACACGUCCAACGCAGUCUCGCCAGCAAGAUCCUCUUAUAGCUCCCACUACUGCAGCUCCUACUCCAACUACUGCUCCUCAAAGCACUGCUCCUACCACAUCUACUGCGCACAGCCCUGCACAAACCAGUGCACAGACCCAGCCUGCGGCGCCCUCUACAGAGCCUGCCUUGCCUGUACCUGUCCAAAAGGAGCGAGAGAAACCAGAGCCUACUUUUCAUCAUGAAAAGCGUGAAGGAUCUCGAUCCUCUUCCACACCUUCUGCUCCUGUCACAUCGGCGAGCAGCUUGCCAUUGCCCAACAGCCUCCACUUAGGAGACAAAGGCUUCCACGUUCCAGUGCUUGGGCAAAUGCCACCUUCUACUCACCACCUUCCUCCUCCAACUCCACUGAUGAGAGCCAAUAUACCAAGACCUUCUGGACCAAGACCGCAUAUAGGAUGGGAUGGUCAUAGCCGUGGCCGUCACCCUCACAAUGACCGCCCACCAAGAAACCAAGUGCCGUCUUUGACAUCGUCGGGUCCUGUAUAUGUUCCACCUCCGACACCUCUGUUCCCUCCGCCGCCACCGCAUGGUCUUCAGUUACCUCCUGGCGUACCACCACCUCAGUUUCCACCACAGUUCCCACCUGGACAACCUCCUGCUGCUGGCUACAACGUACCACCCCCAGGCUUCCCCUCAGCACCUGCUACAGUGUCUGCCCCAUGGGCCAAUCCAGCAGUUCAGGGAGCACAUGCCAAUGCCCUUCCUGCACAGUCCCUGGCACCACCUCUCUCUAAAGAAGAGUUCUAUAGAGAACAGAGACGACUAAAGGACGAAGAGAAGAAGAAAUCGAAACUUGAAGAAUUUGCAAAUGAUUUUGCGAAAGAGCUGCUUGAAUACAAGAAAAUUCAAAAAGAGCGGAAGCGUUCUUAUUCCAGGUCUAAAUCUCCUUACUCUGGAUCAUCAUACUCUAAAAGUUCGUACUCUUACUCUAAAUCAAGAUCUGGUUCUUCAAGGUCACGCUCAUAUUCUCGGUCUUUUAGUCGAUCGCGUUCUCGGUCUUUUUCAAGAUCUCCUUCAUACCAGAGGAAAGCCCAUGGAAAGGGGCGUACUUACCGCUCCAGGUCCAGGUCUCAUGGAUAUCCUCGGUCCAGGUCAAGAUCACCAUACAGGAGAUUCCAUUCUCGAUCUAGAUCCCCACCCUACAGACCACCUUCUCCUGCUAAUAAGAGACUUCUUCAGCAAGUUGAAGGGGAACGAGAUUAUGCAAACCGCUAUCGUGAAUUGCCACCCUAUGAUCUCAAAGCGAUGUAUGGCCGUCAGCCGGAUAUGAGAGAUCCUUAUGAAAAGGAAGCGUACAGAGAGUGGGAACGUACUUACAGGGAAUGGUUUGAAAAGUAUUAUAAAGGAUGUGCAUUGAAUGCCAUUCCAAGACAGAGGUCACCAAUCGGUAGGGAAAAUUUCCCAGAAAACAGAUUUCUUCUUCCACCACAGACUCGAAGAGAACAUUCGCCUUAUCGUGGCCAUAGAGAAAAUUAUCCUGCACCUUUACUACCCCGGCUGCGCCCACCUUUAGUUGGUGGAUAUCAGGAAAAACUACUGCCACGUGAUGCACACAUAAAGGACACUAGAAAAUCUAAGGAAAGAGAACCUUUUAUCCAAUCUGGCGACUCGAGGGCAAACAAACAUAAGAAACAUCGCAAGAGACGGAAAGAAGAAAGCGAAAGUUUGUCUAAGACUGGAACUGAUGGAUCGAGAAAGCACAGAGACCCACAUGGGGAUGAUGGCAAAAGAAACGAACAUAUGUUUGUGCCCACCAGCAAAGAUGAUGCCACCCCAGUUAGAGAUGAGCCCAUGGAUGCCGAGUCUAUUGCGUUGAAACCUCUUUCUGAUAAGGACAAACGAGAAAAACCAAGAGUGAAAGUCGAUAAAACUAAACGUAGAGCUGAGGUUAACCAGCCCAAGAAAGAAACUUUAUCCAAGGUAAUCCGGAUUGAAAAAGCAGGGGACGGAGAGAAAGCUAAACCAAAAGCAGGGGACGGAGAGAAAGCUAAACCAAAAGCAGGGGACGGAGAGAAAGCUAAACCAGCGAGUGUUGAGCCACCACCGAAGAAGAUCAAAGAUGAACUGCAGAAGAACGACAAUUCAAAACAUGUGUCUAGCCAAAAAGACGACAAGACUAUGUUGCCUCGUAAAGUCCAUCUCAAGGUAAUAAAAGAAAAUCAGGAAAAACAGUCGAAAGAGGAGAAGAGCAAAAAGGACCACACAAAAGACACAAAGAUGGACAAGCCAACAAUUAAGGAAGAAAAGUCUAAAAAGGCAGCAGAGAAACCAAGAACAGCUGAGUCCAAACCUGAAAAACGCAAGAGAAAAGUUGAUGACAAAUCUGCAGAAAAGGAACAGGAAAAAACAGCUAAGAAUAUAAAAGUUGAGACUCCUGAGGCUCCAAAACCUCCUGCUUCUAGACUAAAAUCUGAGGCAGAGGUUGUCAAACCCGAGAAGAUUCCCGAGAAGGACAAAGCAACAACUGUGAAAAAGAUUAAACUGAACCGUGAGACUGGGAAAAAAAUAACAAACACGGAAACUGCUGCUGCUGGAACAGAAGAAGCACAAGACAAAAACGAGCCAACAGCCCCGGCCAAACCGAAGGCAGAACGUGUUAAGGGAAAAGUACGAAAGAAGGUACUUGCUCCUGAUGGAUCUGGAUCCACCUUGGUCGACUAUACCAGCACAAGCUCCACAGGUGGGAGUCCUCUCCGGAAAGCAGAAGAAAAGCAAGACAACAAAAGAACGGUUAUUAAGACCUUAGAGGAGUAUACCAAUGAUAGUAUGGAACCAGCAGAAGAUGUCAUCAUAAUGAUUCAAGUUCCACCGUCAAAAUGGGACAAGGAUGAAUUUGAGUCUGAAGAUGACGAUGCUAAGGACUCGCAAGGAACAUCGAAUUCCGGGAAACCAAUGAGUGUUGUAUCCAAACCAGCAUCUACUGUAAUUUUACCAGAGAAAGAAGUGAAGCAGGGAAGUGAUGGAACGCCACAAGAUGCCAGAUCCACCAAGGAAACCAAUGUUUCCCAAACCAAGAACAGAUCAAAAGAUAAAAAUAGUCCUGCAAUUGACAAGGACUCUUCCGAUAAAAGAAAAGGAAGUUCCCAAAAUGACAGCAACCAACAGUCCUCAAAAGAGAAGUCAUCUGAAAAACAGGAAUCGGGACGUGGCAGUUCCAACAAAGACGUUACUCCAACUCGCGAGAAGAAGUCUGAUCGUGGAGACAGCAGAGAUAGAAAACAAGAACAUGAGAACAAAGAGAGGGAUAAGAAGGAACAUGACCGAGACCGAAAGACCGAACAUGAGAGCAGAGAUAGAGACAAAAAGAAUGAUCAUGACAAGAGGCAAGACCACGAUUCCCGUGACAGAAAGCCUGAACACGACAGUAAAGAUCGGGAAAGGAGGCAAGAACAUGACGGCAAAGAACGGGAUAGAAAACAAGAACAUGAAAGCCGAGAGCGAGAGAGAAGGUCUGAGCACGAUGACAAGGUAAAGAGGCCAGACGGUGAUAAAAAGUCAGAUCAUGACAGUCGGGAUCAGAGUGGUUCCAGGAGAAGAGAUGAGCGACGAAAGGAAUCUCCUCUCAGGAACAAAGAUUCAUCGUCCAACUCCCAAAAAGUAAAACCCAGAGACGACUCUAGAGAACCUAAGAAAGUUCCGAGAGACUCUAAGAGUGGCAGUCACAGUCCUGGUCAAGAGCGCAGGCCAAGGGCUGAACAAAAGUCGUCAGACUCAAAGCGACAAAGCAAUACUGAUCAAGUGUCAUCUGACAGAAGCAGUGAAAGAGGGAAAGAGAAAGUCCCAUCUAAAUCAAAAACUUCAGAAGACACGAGCGAUAAAAGAUCAUCACACCCUAAACGUCCCUCACCAGAAGUAAAAACGGACAAGGAAGCCUCUGACAAGACCAAGGGUCCUCAAAGCCGUUCUACACGGCUCUCCACAGACUUGACCAAAGACACGGAUGAAGCUUCAUUUGUGCCUGAUUACAAUGAAAGUGAUAGUGAGGCCUCUGUCAAACAAGAAGACCCUCAGGAAACUAAAAACAAGGACGAUGAACACACACAAGCUACAGAUACGGGUAGUGGUAACUUGCCUGCCACUGGCCCAAACAGUCCAGCCGGCAGCCACAGCCCUGGCGACUCCGGCAGUCGCAGCAGCAGCGUCAGCUCCACAGGCAGCCCAGACAAAAAGAAAAGGAAGAAGGAGAAAAAGAAACACAAGAAGCAUAAAAAACACAAGAAGCAUAAGAAGCACACGGGCAAUGAGUCAGAGACUGAGAAGGGCCAGAAACACAAACACAAAAAAAAGAAAUCCAAGAAAAGUAAAGACAAAGAGACUGAAAAGGAGGACACUAAAGCCAAACCUCCUGCGACCUCGUAGUGACAGCUCGCCUGCCCUUCGUCUCCUGUAUUCAUUUGUAAGCUAUCUUGCAGUGUAAAUAACUGAAAACUGUGCCACACCUAAUAUAUUGAUUCUUUGACUUUUACAUCAGAGCUUUAUAAAGGAAAUAUUUGUACAGAAAUCUGUGUCUUGUGACCAUAUUGCAAAUACUUUGGUUCUUUUUUUAUAUUAUUUAUCUACUAGGCAUUUAGCCAUGAAUUAGAUGAAAAUGAGGGUGCUGUGAGCUUGGGGCGAGCUGUGCCAAUGUAGCCUGAGCCUCAAUAUCUGCCCUGCAAGAUCAGCAGCUUGGGAUGCCAUUAGAUGACAGGAUUGGCCCCAAUGUUUUUUUUUUUUAAGUUUUUUUUUUAAGGUCACCCCAGAUACCACUUGCCUGCCCCAGAUGUUCUUGAGGUUUAGUCCAGAUACCACUUGCCUGCUUCUGUUUCUUUUUUUUUUUUUUUAGGUAACCACAGAUACCACUUGCCUGCCUUGGUGGGUUAACAUGGCAAACGACUACAGGCGCCAGUCUCCUGAACUCUGCCUGUAUGGCCCAAACCAUAUGUUACUACACUUUACAAAUUAGGAGCAAGGACUGCUGUCAAUUCCAAAGCAUGAGUCUGCACUUUAGUAACUUUACCCUCCUGGGCAUGAGUGGGAAGGAGUGUGACGUGACCUCUCCCCAAAUCUGUACUGUAUAUAGUGAUUCCAAUUUUUUUUAUACAUUUCCUAAUCUGUUCUAAGAGCGAUCAACAAAGCAGUCUAUGGGAGAAUUUAUUUUUUUUUCAUCCGUGCAGACGUGGGCAUGUCAUUGUGUUAAAGGACAUUCACUAUGGUUUGCCCACUUUUUUUUUUUAUUUUUUAUUUUUUAACCUCGACUUUUAUUUUUAAUAUACAUAAAAAGUUUGUUUGCUGAAAUGACAUACUUUGUGCUGAUUUUGAGUUGCGUGUGACCUGGCUGCUUGAGUCUAUCCGUCAUCAGAGCUCGCGCAACACCCUGAGAAUUCGGAAUGAGGCUUUGGAUGUAAAUGGCAAAGAAAAUCAAAAUAGGACACAAAAUGAGUAAAAGCAACACUUUAUGCAAACUACACUUGAAGGAUACGUUAUAAUACCAUCUACUGUAAAGUAA